AUGGAACAACCAAAUGACCAAGACAGUCGUGGAGACGCGGACAUUUUAUUGCUGUACCCGUGGUCCAGGUUGCUGUCUUUUGGCGUGUCGACUUCGGGAAUUGGUCGUCGGCUGCUGUCGAACUUCUGGACUCAAGCGUGUGCUGCCGGCAUGGCUAUGACUUUGGCUUUUGUGGCGCUGUUGCAACUGCACUACGCAUUGGCUGGACACAUUGUCACUGCAAUGUAUUUCACGUAUACGUGUCUCUAUGAGCGUUUGAUCCAGCAUAAAGGUGCACGAAACACUGUCGAACACACAUACCAGCCACGCAAGCAGUUACUUGUCGGUAACUGGCGUUACGCGGCUCAGGUCACAGACGAGUCCAGCUUGAUCAUGACCCGACUGCCCGACGACUGGUAA